AAAGAACAAAACCGUCUUUACGGCGGCCGUCUUCGUUGUCGUCGCCGUUGCCUGCUUUCAGCUUUACCAGCAACAGCAGCAGCAACCCCAGCAGUGCCGGAGGCGGUCAACUUCAAUCAAACUGCUCCUCUCCUUCAUGGGUAUAUCCGCCCGGUCCGUCGGUCGUCCGUUCAUUCGUUCCGUUCCCGUAUACACAUUGGACGGCCGUUCUCUGUCGGUUCGAUUCAACUUCAGUCAAUCGCGCCCGCUGAGUCAGUCAUUGAGUAGAGGUUGACGGGUGUGGACGUGCUUUUUCGUCGAUCUUGUUUUUGGGUCUUUCAUUUAUGGUAGAACAAAUCGGUGACGGUAUUGUUGUUCUGUAGAACUUUGUGUAUUGAAGGUAGAGCGUUUUGCGCAAAAGUGAAUAAUCACGACCGAGCUGUUAUGCAGACGUUUGUAAUACAGUGGUUAUGAAAGGGAGAAGUUUGGCGAAAUAAAGUGAAUCGGAAGAAGUUUCAAAUAAUUUCAUUUGUGGAAAAAGGGUUCUGUCGAUUGAAUUGUACAAUGAUCGUAGUCUAGCAUUAAUAGACACCCUAAUUGAAGUGAGCUGAAUCUUUGUAAUACAAGCGAAUAAGCCAGUGUGCUGUUUUUUGAAACCAUGGCGACGUGCAAAAUCGUGCUGAGAGGCCUACUAGGAUUGAUGCUGUCAGUUUUGUUAAUCGGGAUAAGCUCAGUGGAAUCGGUGGAAGAGCUGAAGUGUGAACUUAUCACGGUGUCGGCCUGUCAGAAUCUGGUUUACAAUAUGACGGUUGCUUCUGCGCCAAUUACGACGACGGUAUCCGCGACCAGUGGUUCCGGUAACUCAACCGGAUCAGGCGAAGGAACCGGCAGUGAACCGGGUGCAAUCAGAUCGCAACUCGAUGCGGAACUUCUGAUAACAUCCUUGCGGCCGGUAAUCGAUUCCGGUUGCUCCAAGCAGGCCCUGUUCCUGUUCUGCUCGUCGUUGUUUCCGCUGUGCUCGGCCAAUGCACCGCGGCCGGUGCAACCGUGCCGCUCGCUGUGCGAACAGGUUCGCAAGGAUUGCUUCAGCGACGCCAUCUUCAGCAAGCUGUGGCCCUCGUACCUGGACUGCCGGACGCUGCCCCAGCCGGAGAACCACGGACUGUGCAUGCAGGUCCCACCGGAAGCCUCCGGCAGUGUUGAGAACAACCGCAGCAACCCAGCCGCGGCAGCUCCGACCAUGCCCGUAAAGCCCUGGUCCAUCUUCAACCUGCCACAGUUGCAGCACCACACUGCUGCACGCCAGCAUCCCAACUCGCUGCUAGAACCCGGUGCCACCCGGCCCUCGUCCAACCACCAUCCCAACCCGCCGCUGAUCUGUCCCGCCAAUUACACGCUCGACUACGACCAGUGCGUCCCGAAGUGCGGCCCCUCGAUCGACGCCAUGUACAACGCCCGCCAAAAGGAAACCAUCGAGUUCUGGACGCUGAUUCUGUCGGCGGCCUGCUUCAUCUUCACGCUCAUGUCGCUGGUCACUUUCUGGACCAAGUCCACCAAGUUUGAGUACCCCGAUAGGCCACUGCUGUUCAUGACCCUGUGCUACAACUUGAUGGGACUGUGCUAUCUCGAGCGGACCAUUCUGCACAAUCCACGCAAAGAACUCAUCGACCUGCUGGAGUUUCGCCAGGACUGCAACAUAACCUCUCAAUGCCUGGCUUACUACAUCAUCAAGAACUACUUGCUCAUCAGUGCCACCACCUGGUGGCUAAUCUUCGGCAUCUGCUGGUACCUCAGCACCGCGAAGCAAUGGUCCUGCGAAGCCUUGGAGAAGAAAUCUGGCCUCUUCCACGUAAUGGCUUGGGUCGUUCCGUUCGCCUCACCCAUCAGUGCCCUUCUCCGCGGAAACAUCCAAAAGUUCGAACUGACAAACUUUUGCACCGCCAAGGGAUUCACCGAAAUUCCUGCCCUCAUCCUACUACUUGCUGGAGCUACCCUCGUGCUCUUCGCCCUGAUCGCCUUGAAACGCCUCAAAUCCACUUGGAACCAGAGCGAAACUCUAUCCAAAGUAUUCGCCCGGGUGCUGCUCUUCGCCAUCAUCUACCUCAUCCCCGCCCUUUCCGCCGUCAUCUGCACUUUCUUCGAACGCAUCGAAAACCCGAUAGACCCAUGUCUAUCCACCGCAGCAUGUUCUCCCCCGCCAAAGUUCUCCCUCCUCCCAACGCUGCUCAAGCUGAUCCUUACCCUGAUCGGUGGAUCCACCACCGGCAUCUGGCUGUGGACCAAAAACACCUCCGAACUGUCGAAAAAGGUCAGCGGAACCAACUCGGCUAACGGAUCGCUGAAAUCCGUUCCGCUGCUCAAGGUCAACCAUCCAGCGGCGCUGUCCGUCGUGGGCGUCGGAAGCCCCUACCGAAGCACAACAACCUCCAGUGGUGGCGGGGGCGGUGGUUCCGUUGUGGCAAGCCAUCAGAACUCCAACUCCAAGAAGUAUCUCUACAACUCGGCGUACAGCACCGGGCUUGGCAGUCACCGGAGCGGCUCCAACGGGUAUAUGCCCGUUCGGAUACACCGCAGCCUGAGGGGGUCCUCUUCAGGUGCACGAGGGGUUACUUCGUCGAUUAUCACGAGGAUAUGAGAACAGGCGCGGCGGUUUGUUGCGAGGGGUGAAAGCUUUAAUGGAAUUAGGGGUUAGAGUUGUGCGCACAAAUAAGCAAACAUUUUGAUCACUGUGAUAUAGCGUUUAUGGAUUAGUUUUUAGGAAAACAGUGUUGAUUAAUCAUUGUUCUGUAUUUAAAAUGUGACAAUAUUGUGAGAAGAAAACACUGUUAAAAAGUAUUUAUUUACUAUGUAAAUGGAAAUUCAAAUAAUAUUAUUAUAGGUAGUAAAGAACUUGAGCAGCUUCCUAACCAAUGUAUAGAAUGCUGAGAUUUACAUAACUUAAUGGAAUGCUGUAUACUUGCAAUUACAUAAAUAGAGUAUUCGAUAUGAAAAAGUUCUAAUGUAGAGACAUGAAUGGAAAUAAUUGUUAAGGAAUGCAGUUGAUUGUAUAUUUUGAUUAGCAUCUUAAUACAAAACCGAGAAUAAUAAUUGUUAAUUAAAA